UUCAGUGAAAAUAUCUCAAAUUUAAUGAAAAUGAAUUCAUCCGGCAUCAUUGUUCCUCGUUAAAAUGGAUGCCAAAUAGCAAAAAAAUAUGCUUCAACAAUCUCGUAGUGUAAAUGUUGUGUAUUAUGUGAUGUUAAAUGAUUAAUCUUGUUAAAAAGUUAAAAAUAUAAUUAUUGCUGCAAAAAUGAAGAAGGGUCGCCGUGAAUUUUCUGGGUAAAAUAUUACAACAACAACAAAAAAAUGAGUAGCUAAUGGCUACGACACCACCAAAUAUAUAGUGAAUGAACUCAAGUGAACAUUAAUGGAAUACUGAGGCUAUAAUUAGAUCAGAAAUUAGCGAAAAUAUAAUUAAUAUUUUACAUAAAAGGAUACAAGAAAAAUUUCCCUAUCAAAAUGCUGAGUCCCAAGAUGCAAAGAGCGUGUCGUGUUAACGAGACACAAAUUCAAACGUUGUCGGAACGUGCACAAUACGAUCAUUCGAUGCACGGAUAUUUACAUAAGCGAACAUCAGACAGCAACAAGUGGCAGCUACGAUGGUUUAUUUUGUAUCAGAAUUUAAUCUUCUACUACGACUCCGAGACGUCAUCGCGCCCGUUGGGAUUAAUAUUUCUUGAAGGAUGUUACUGCGAACGCUUGGUAUCUGCGCCGUCAUAUGUGCCAUCAAACACGUUGUCAAGCGGCGGCGGCAGUGGCGUCUCUGGCAGUGGCAAUGCUGCCUCAGGUACCAGCUCAAAAAUAAGCAAAGAGGAGAAGUUACAGCAUUGCUUUACAAUAUCAUACCGCCGGGAAAACCAACGACAUUAUGAGUUAAGAGCCGCAAACGAGUCAGAGUGUUCAGCAUGGAUAAUAUCAAUCAGAGAAGCAAGUUUUAACAAGCUUCUUUUGCAAAAAGAGGAGUUGGAGCAAAAACAUGUUCACUUGCUCCAAGUGGUUGAGAGCGAGAAAACGGCAAAGUGGCAGUACGCGCAACAGUGUGAUGAGCUGGCAUCCGAAAUACGUAAAUUACGAGCAGAGUUGUGCGUUUUGCGAAAGGAAACACGACCUCCAUCGCGUACCGCAACACCCGUGAAACGAGGAAGUUUUAGCACGGGUGCCUGCGAAAUAGUUGAUGAGCCGAGUUUAUCAAAUUUAUGCGAAUCCGUGCAGGAUUCCAUUGAGCUGCGGAAAAUUAAGAAAGUACAGAGUUUCUUCCGUGGCUGGUUGUGUCGACGACGUUGGAAGCAAAUUGUCGAGGAAUAUAUCAAGUCACCGCAUGCUGAGAGUAUGCGAAAAAGAAAUAGUCUCGUUUUUAGCAUGGUCGAGGCAGAGGAAGAGUACUUGGAGCAACUCGAAGUUUUGGUUGCUUGCUUUUUGAGACCCUUUAAGAUGGCAGCGAGCUCGAAACGACCACCUUGCUCGCACGAGGACGUCAAUUCGAUAUUUUUGAACUCGGAAACGGUGCUUUUCUUGCAUCAAAUAUUCUACAAGGGACUCACAAGUCGGUUGGAAUCAUGGCCUACGUUGGUGUUAGGUGACCUAUUCGACAUGCUGCUGCCCAUGUUGAGCAUCUACCAGGAAUAUGUCCGUAACCAUCAUUACAGUUUGCAAGUGUUGACCGAGUGCAAGAGUAAUCCGCAAUUUGCGGCAGUAUUGAAACGAUUGGAAGCCAAGCCUGUGUGUCAGGGAAGAUCGCUCGAAUCAUUUUUGACAUAUCCGAUGCAUCAGGUGCCACGUUACAUCAUAACUUUGCACGAAUUGCUCGCACACACACCACAUGACCAUGUCGAACGGAAAAGUCUACAGAAUGCCCGACAACAACUCGAAGACUUGUCGCGACAAAUGCACGACGAGGUCUCGGAAACGGAAAAUUUACGCAAAAAUUUGCAAGUUGAACGGAUGAUUGUUGAGGGAUGCGAUAUUUUGUUGGAUGUCAACCAGGUUUUUGUGCGACAAGGAAGCCUAGUACAAGUUCCACCAGGUAGAGGGCGAAUAAGGAGCCGCCUUGCUUCAUUCAAAAGUGAACGUGAAGCCGUGCGACAAUGUUUCUUAUUCUCAAACCACAUGAUUGUAGCGACUAGAGCUUCCAACGGCCGAUUACACUUAUUACCAGAUGUGGGAAAGAUUGCACUUGCCGAGGCGACGCUCGUUGAGGAUCCCAGCGAUUCGAAUAACGACGACGAAGACGGCAGUGUGUGCUCCGGGUCAACACGUGGCAGCACAUUGAGUGUCAUUGACUCCGUAAUUGCGGGAAAUCGCGAUUUCAAAAUCAUAAUCGAACCAAAAGGUGGUUCACGGCAAACGCAUUGCAUCCAUUUGGUCGCUCCGACACCACAAGACAAGGAAGCAUGGAUCAGCGACAUUUCGCAAUGCUUGGACAACAUCCACAUGCAUUCCCUUUUGUCGCCCGGAAUCGGUGGCUCUUCCGGAGCUCAUCAUGCGGUCAAGACAGAUCCGCGUCUCUUCAAAGACGACGUUGACAUUCGUUUUUCACGCACUCUCAAUUCGUGCAAGUUACCGCAAGUGCGUUACGCGACACCCGAACGUCUCUUGCAACGUCUCACGGAUCUCAGAUUUCUUUCGAUAGAUUUUCUCAACACUUUUCUGCUGACAUAUCGCGUAUUUACGGAUGGCGAAACGGUGUUGAAUGCGCUGAAAGACGUUUUUUACGAUCCGCCGAUGGAACCGUUGUGCGAAUGUGAACAACAAACGGAUUUUCUUGAUAUUUCCUACGGGCAAGAUGGACGUGCAACACCUCGUCGAACAUCAGCAGCCAGUUCCGUGUCGGGAUAUUGUUCAGAAGGCGCUGAUCGCGACAGAUCCAUGAGUGGCGAUUCGAGUCAACUACGUUUCAAUCGUUUGACAUCGCGACGAAUUUGUCAUCAGCAACCACCAAGUACCGGAAAACUGCUUGCCGGGUAUAAAGAGCAGAUGGAAAAUCGAUUUGCGUUUUCCGAACAAAAUUCUUUGGGUUACAUACCGGAACAAACCACAGUUAUUGUGCAUGCUGAAGGCAAAGACACCGAAGAAACGGCUGAAGUUAAAAAAGCUGAACCACCAGACGAGUCGUUGUUAGCUAUUCCACGAACUAUUGCGACAUCCAGUAGCUCCGACACGAUAAUCGAAAAUUUGUUGAGUGCCAGUGGAUUGUCGUCGCCAUCCAAUUUGAGCUCUGUAACAUUAGUGGGGUCGACUGGAAGUGGCAGUGUCGAUAAAGGAGAUUAUACGCCAACGGAAGAGAAAAAAUUCCCCUAUGGCAAGGCGCCAAAGUCACCAUUGCCUGAACGGAAAUUCGGUGCUCGAGGUGCGGUUCGAGAUUUUAAGGAAUUAUUGCAGAAAGAAAACGACGACGACGAGCAAUGUAUUGUGAUUAGUGAGACAACGACAAAUGUCCAACCGCCAACGCCCGUGGAAACGCCUAACGAGACACCUUCGAUUGUGGGUUUCGGUCCCGUAGAAAUUUAUCACAACGGUCACAGUUCGAGCAACACAUCGAUUGCGGCAAUUCCAUCGACAUCUCCAACGGUGUCUCCGACAAAAAAUACAAAUUCCAUUCAAACGGCAAUGGCAUCUUCGGCAAUUGCUGCAUUCGCAGUUGUACCACACAGUCAGCAGCAGCAGCAACAACAACAACAGAACACAACGGCAGCAAUAACGCAUGUUUCGCCACCCCCUUCGGCAAUAAUUAUAUCACCGAGCAAAACAACAAAUUUCGCAUCGACGAUAAACCAGCAACAACAGACGACAAGUAUAGGUCAUGCACCACAAACCGUAAUUAUUACGACAUCGCCACAAUCACAACAACAGCAACAACAGACAAUUUCACCUCCACAUCUUGCACAAAUGGACAGACGUCCUAGCACUGGCUUAGCAGCAAAUGUUAUUCCACAUGCAGCAUUGUGUCAACACAGAUAUAGUUUACAGCUCAAUGGCGACGGAGGUAUAUGGGGGAGAGGUAAUAAAAAGUCAAAUAAUUAAAUUAGGUCUCCACGUAUUUCGCAUCGCAAGUUUUCCGCACCGAAAACACCCGAGAGACAGCGAAAGAGUAUUUUUGGCACCCCGCAACGUGAGCCGCCACGGUAUGUCUCCUCUCGCUUUUCCGAGAGUGACGAUGACAUGUCGUCAUCGAUGUAUGCGACACCACGCGGUUCGUUAGGCGGUGUCUCUCUUAGCACCAUUUCGUCGCGUCCUUCGAUGCAGCACGAUCACAUCUCACACUGUUCCAGCAAAGCGGGUGUCGUCAUCACAUCCUUCAGGCAAGCACAACGCAGUAUGGGACCUGAUCCGCUUUGGAGUAGCACGUCAACUGCUGCGGCAGCAUUUGCCAUUGCCACCAGUGCAUCCAGCAAUCCGCGAGAUGAGCCACCAGAAGUUGAAGCUCGUAAUCGCAAAGAAUCUGUCGUGAGUUCGCCUGCCACGAUGCGGGUCUUGAACGUUUUGCGCCACUGGGUCUCGAAACACUUUCAGGAUUUCGAGCAAGAUGCGGCAUUGCGAUCACAAACAAUCGCCUUUCUUGAUGAUAUUACAUGCAGUCCUAACCUCUUGCCAACGGAACAUCGGGCGGCAUCUCAAUUACUGCGAUUAUUGUGUCGCGAAGACAUUGACUCGGGUAGAAAGCAGCUGGAAGUGUUGUUGUCACCACCUACUACACCAAGCAAAGAGAGCAUCGAAACAUUAUCCGCCCUCGAGAUUGCCGAGCAAAUGACAUUUUUGGACCAUCAAAUUUUCCUGGCGAUACGCAGCGAAGAAUUUUUGGGUCAAGCAUGGAUGAAAGCAGAUAAAAAGUUUCGUGCCGAGCAUAUUAUCCAAAUGACAAAACGUUUUAAUGACGGUGCAAGAUUAGUCAGUUCAGAAAUUGUUUCACGCACUAACAUGGCCGCACGUAUUGCUGCUAUUGAAAAGUGGACAGCUGUUGGAGAUAUUUGUCGAUGUUUGCAUAAUUUUAAUGGCGUUCUACAAAUUUGUGCUGCAUUCACAAAUGCGGCAGUGUACCGUUUGAAGAAGACAUGGGACAAAGUUCCGAAAAAUAUCAAACACACCAUCAACAAACUACAAGCUGUCGUUUGUGCCGAGGGUAGAUUCCGUGUGAUGCGAGAGGCAUUACAUCGAUGUGAUCCACCUUGCAUCCCGUAUCUCGGCAUGUAUCUCACUGACUUGUCAUUUAUUGAGGAAGGAACGCCAGAUUUCACGCCAGAUGGUUUAUUAAAUUUCUCCAAGAUGCGAAUGAUUGCUCAUGUUAUCCGUGAAAUACGUCAUUUCCAACAGACGCCCUACAAAAUAGAUCACAUACCAAAAGUAACUUCUUAUCUGCUCGACACAUCACUGUUAUUGGAUGAUGAUGAAAUGUAUACGCGCUCGUUGCAAAUUGAGCCGCGAAGCUCGCGCUUAAGUGCACCAUCGAUACAUAAUUUGUCAAAGCACGAACGUAAAACGUUGGCGGCAGCAGCAGCAGCAGCGGCUGCAGCCAAUUCUAACACAACCAAUGACUAG